UUGAUUUUGCGGCGAAUGGCGAAAAGUGUCUGUCGCCGGGUGACGGUUCGGCGCUGACCCGGUCCCAGCAGUUGCGCUCCUGCAUCAGAAUUCAACUGAUACGAUACAAUGGGAAUCCAAGGGUUGCUCCAGUUUAUCAAAGAGGCAGCUGAACCAACUCAUGUAAAGAAGUACAAAGGACAAGUAGUUGCUGUAGACACUUAUUGCUGGCUGCACAAAGGAGCCUAUGCAUGUGCAGAAAAACUAGCAAAAGGAGAAGCCACAGACCAAUAUGUAGUUUAUUGCAUGAAACUUGUUGAUAUGCUUUUAUCAUUUGGAGUUAAACCAAUUCUGGUAUUUGAUGGAUGCACUCUGCCUUCAAAAAAAGAAGUUGAAAAAACAAGAAGAGAAAAACGACAAACAAAUCUCCUAAAAGGGAAACAGCUGCUCCGUGAAGGGAAAUUAUCAGAAGCAAGAGAAUGCUUUGCUCGCAGCAUUAAUGUUACACAUGCAAUGGCUUGUGAAGUGAUUAAAGCUGCCCGAGCUCGAGGAAUAGAUUGUCUUGUUGCGCCUUAUGAAGCUGAUGCUCAGUUAGCUUAUCUGAACAAAGCUGGCAUGGUCCAGGCUAUAAUUACGGAGGAUUCUGAUCUCCUCGCUUUUGGAUGCAAAAAGGUAUUUCUUAAAAUUGACAAAUUUGGAAAUGGCUUAGAAAUUGAUCAAGCUCGCCUCGGAAUGUGCAAACAGCUUGGGGAUGUCUUUACAGAAGAGAAAUUCCGCUACAUGUGUAUUCUUUCUGGUUGUGACUACCUUCCAUCCAUUCAUGGUAUUGGCUUAGGCAAGUCUUGCAAACUGUUAAAGAUAGCCAAUAACCCCGAUAUUAUCAAGAUCAUUGGAAAAAUGGGACAGUAUUUAAAAAUGAAUAUUUCAGUAUCUGAAGAAUACAUACAAGGAUUUAUUCGGGCUAAUAAUACUUUCCUCUAUCAGUUGGUUUUUGACCCCCUCAGAAGGAAACUUGUUCCUUUGAAUGCUUAUGAAGAUGAUAUUGAGCCAGAAACUCUAGUUUACGCUGGAAAAUACUUGGAUGAUAGGACUGCUUUUCAAAUUGCACUUGGAAAUAAAGAUAUUUUCACAAUGGAGCAAAUUGAUGACUAUGAUCCUGAUGUAUCAUCGUCUCAUAUUGGAGAAUUUUCUGAUUUUAUUGAAGAAGCAUCAGAAGAAGAACUUUUAAGCCAGUAUUUUUCUGACUCAAAAAAAACCAAAACAGAAAAAUGUGAUGAGAAGCAGCAACUUUUUAGUGAAACAUCUGCAUCCUGUGCUUCCCAGGACUCAUGCAAAAAUAAGGACAAUUCUUGUGUUCAGCCCAGGCUUAGAAAUAAAUUUGCCACUAUUUUUCAGAAGGAAAAUGAAAACAAUGGUGCAGUGGUUGUUCCAGGAACCAGAAGCAGAUUUUUCUGCAACAUUGGAGAUCUGCCUGAGACUAUAUCGAACAACAAAACUGACCUGCCUCUACAGGACAAUGAGGCUGAUAGUCCAACUAAGGAAAUAAAGAAAUUAACAGAAGACCACAGUCCCUGUUCAUUGGAGACUGAAGAAAUAGAAAGAAAGGUCUCAACCACACCUGGGGUAGGACAGUCCAGCUGUUUCACUUGGUCUAGAAACUUUGCAGAGAAAUCUUCGACUCCUAGCCUAUCACAAAGCAUAGCACUGCUAAAGCAGUAUCAAAGACCCAGUAAAGACACAGGGAAAGACAAUAGUGUGACUGGAUCACAAAUAACCUCACCAGCAAAUAAAAAGUCUGGUGAAGAGUCAUCACCUUUAAAAGAACAGCGGUGUUUAUCAAAGCAGAAUUUUGACAAGCUGUUGCAAAGCAAGGUGGAUACUUCAGAAAAGUCCCCAGUGACCAAGAAAAAUGCUGCUCCUGCCAAAGAAACUGACAGCAGUCCAGAACCAGGUGAUAAUCUGAAUUCUCAGAUCCUUCCAUUUUCAGAAUGUAGAGAUAAUAAGAGCACAGUUUCCAAAAAUAUGAUUCCUGCAUUAUGUAGAACAAAUUCUCUAAAAUCUCCUAUGGUGGAAAAACAUAAAUUAUUGAUGCCCGCCAAAGUUAGUGGCUUAAGCAAGAAAAUAACAAGUAUAAAGAAAAAACAUCAUGAUACUGAAAACAAGUCAGGACAGCAAGUGAAAAUUAAUGAUCUCUGGAAGAGCUUCCAGUUCAAAAGGGAAUCAGAAAUACUACCUUCCUGUAGAAAAUCAAAACCAUUGUCUCCAAUUAAAGAUAAUAACCAACUCCCUCCAGACACAUUUGAUGAAACUUUUGAUAACUGCAAUGGAAAAUAUUUUAGUGAAGUGGUACUGCAGACCUGA